CUCUGCACUCCCGGGACCAUGGCCACGCAGGCGGGUGAAGAUGACUGGAGAUGUCGGGGCUGCGGGAGCCAUGUUGCACCAAGCCAGAGGUUGUACAGGACUGCCAACGAAGCCUGGCACAGCUCUUGCUUCCGAUUCUGUGCCAAGGACUCUACGUGCAGUGGAUUGUCACAUUCAAGCCUAGACAGUCUGGCUGUGAGCCCAGGCCAAGCUCCGGCAUAACAUAGUAGAGCCCCUGGAAUCCUGGUGCCGCCUCUCAUGUAUACUGCUGGAAGGCUUUGGGUGAGUUGUUUUCCCUUGAAGAGGCAGAAUGAAGCCAGUUGCUGACUAAUUUUUUGACCUUGGGUAAGUUACCUAAUCUCUUCUGUACCUCAUCUUCCUCAUUUAAAAAGUGGGGAUAAUUCCUAUUUUGGAAAAAUAAGAGUCCACAUACAGUGCUUGGCACAUGGAGAAACAUCAGUGUCAGUAAACCCAGUGGGCCUUAGUUUCCUCAUCUGCACCCCCCACUGGCUUGUGGGGCUGUCCUUAAGCCAGGCAGAAGGGAGGGAUGAGGGGGGCCCUGGUGCCAGGACACAGCAGGUGCCAGCCCUGAGACAGGGCGGCUCUCCUAACCUGCUUCUCCUGCACGGCCAGCCAGAGCUUCUCUUCACCUCCAAGCUGAGUGAGCGUCCUUUGGGCCGCUCCUCAGGCAGCUCGGGGCUGGACGCUCAGCAGCCCCGGUAUUGUCUGCGGCGGCGCCUGCCGGCAGCCUCCCUCCAGCCCAGCUCCACCCCUUGCCUGCAAGGUCUGUUUCCUAAUAGCUGCUCCAACCACACACCUCGGUUCCAUGAGGAGCCCCUCCUCUUCCUCCCUCCCUCCCUCUUUCAGGGGUGGGACUGAAGAAGAAAGCUAACUUGACAGUAGAGCUGCUUCUUUCUUAGCUAGUCACUGGCCCCUGCCCAGAAUGCUGGUGUCCGUGUAGGCUCCGCAGAGAGGUGGUUCUCCCGGAGUCCUGAGGGGCCACCCAGAGCUUCCGAGAACCGGGGAGGAGCCAUCCCAGCCAUGAGCCCCUGCAGGAAUCUGCCAGGGGGAGAGUGGCCUGGAGUCCUCCCGCUCCUCUGGCUGUUCCGGAGGGAGAGGUGAGCGCUUGGCAGCCUCCCGCAAGCAGAGGUGCCGGGAACCAGGCCUGUCAUGGUGGCUGUCUGCAACCGGCCUGAGGCACUCCCAGACGGGUUUGCAGCGGAACCUGUUUAUCUGGUGUGGGAAGAAGAUGGGAAGUUACUUGUCUGUCUCGGCUUACUUCACCUCCAGAGACCCCUUUCGGUGUUCAGAAUGCCAGGAUUCCCUCACCAACUGGUACUAUGAGAAGGAUGGGAAGCUCUACUGCCACAAGGACUACUGGGGGAAGUUUGGGGAAUUCUGCCAUGGGUGCUCCCUGCUGAUGACAGGGCCUGUCAUGGUGGCUGGGGAGUUCAAGUACCACCCAGAGUGCUUUGCCUGUAUGAGCUGCAAGGUGAUCAUCGAGGAUGGGGAUGCAUAUGCUCUGGUGCAGCAUGCUACCCUCUACUGUGGGAAGUGCCACAAUGAGGUGGUGCUGGCACCCAUGUUUGAGAGGCUUUCCACGGAGUCUGUACAAGACCAGCUGCCCUACUCCGUCACACUCAUCUCCAUGCCAGCCACCACUGAGGGCAGACGAGGCUUCUCCGUGUCCGUGGACAGUGCCUGCUCCAACUACGCCACCACCGUGCAAGUAAAAGAGGUCAACCGGAUGCAUAUCAGUCCCAACAACCGCAAUGCCAUCCACCCUGGGGAUCGCAUCCUGGAGAUCAAUGGGACACCUGUUCGCACACUCCGAGUGGAGGAGGUAGAGGAUGCAAUUAGCCAGACGAGCCACACACUUCAGCUCUUGAUUGAACAUGACCCCGUCUCCCAGCGCCUGGACCAGCUGCGGCUGGAUGCACAGCUCUCUCCCCACAUGCAGAAUGCUGGACACUCGCAUACCCUCAGCACCUUGGACACCAAGGAGAAUCUGGAAGGGACGCUGAGGAGACGCUCUUUGAGGCGCAGUAACAGCAUCUCCAAGUCCCCUGGCCCCAGCUCCCCAAAGGAGCCCCUGCUGCUUAGCCGGGACAUCAGCCGCUCGGAAUCUCUCCGUUGUUCCAGCAGCUACUCACAGCAGAUCUUCCGGCCAUGCGACCUGAUCCAUGGGGAAAUCCUGGGGAAGGGCUUCUUCGGGCAGGCCAUCAAGGUGACACACAAGGCCACAGGAAAAGUGAUGGUCAUGAAGGAGUUAAUUCGAUGUGAUGAGGAGACACAGAAGACUUUUCUGACUGAGGUGAAAGUGAUGCGCAGCCUGGACCACCCCAAUGUGCUCAAGUUCAUUGGUGUGCUGUACAAGGACAAGAAGCUGAACCUGCUGACAGAGUACAUUGAGGGGGGCACAUUGAAGGACUUCCUGCGCAGUGUGGACCCAUUCCCCUGGCAGCAGAAGGUCAGAUUUGCCAAAGGCAUCGCCUCUGGAAUGGCCUAUUUGCACUCCAUGUGCAUCAUUCACAGGGACUUGAACUCACACAACUGCCUCAUCAAGCUGGACAAGACAGUGGUGGUGGCAGACUUUGGACUGUCACGACUAAUAGUGGAGGAACGGAAAAAGCCCCCAGUGGAGAAGGCCACCAACAAGAAACGCACCUUGCGCAAGAGUGAUCGCAAGAAGCGCUACACAGUGGUAGGAAACCCCUACUGGAUGGCCCCUGAGAUGCUUAAUGGAAAGAGCUACGAUGAGACCGUGGAUGUCUUCUCUUUUGGGAUCGUUCUCUGUGAGAUCAUUGGGCAGGUGUAUGCAGAUCCUGAUUGUCUGCCCCGCACACUGGACUUUGGCCUCAACGUAAAGCUUUUCUGGGAGAAAUUUGUCCCCACAGACUGCCCCCCAGCCUUCUUCCCCUUGGCUGCCAUCUGCUGCAAACUGGAGCCUGAGAGCAGACCAGCAUUCUCAAAACUGGAGGACUCCUUUGAGGCCCUCUCCCUGUACCUAGGGGAGCUGGGCAUCCCGCUGCCUGCAGAGCUGGAGGAGCUAGACCACACUGUGAGCCUGCAGUAUGGCCUGACCCGGGACUCACCCCGCUAGCCCUGGCCCAGCCCCCAGCAGGGGCGUGUACCACAGCCAGCAUUGCCCCUCUGUGCCCCAUCUCUACUGAGGGCAGGGCCAUCCGGACUUCCUGUUGAUUGGCAGCUUGUUUAGAAGUGGAACAAGACAUCCUUACUACCUCCCCAGGAGGCGAGUGGGCACAGCACCAGGGAAACGCAUCUCCACAGUUUUAGGUCCUGGUUACUGUCUCUAAACCCAAAACUCGCCUGAAAGCUGUGAAGAAAAAAAAAACCUGGCCCCUGGUCCAGGAGAAAUCUGUAGCUUGGGACCACUUGGGAACUCCCUGGCAAUGGGUUCCCACCUCCAGAGAUUCUGGGAAACUCUUGCUUACACUAAUCAGCAUGACCUGGACCUGCUGGGCAGGAUCCCCAUUGAACCUGCCCAGGGACCCUUAGUCAAGCUGGAUACAUAAGGACUGUGGACGAGACAAAGACUGGCAGCCAGGAGGCGCUCUACGGGUGUGAAAUGGUGGUAGUGCUGCUCUUCCUUACACUCCAGUCCUGCCCUCCUCUGGGACAUGCUUGGGGGUGUUGGUUUUGGAAGAGUUCCUUAGUGAGUUUGUGAUGAAACGGGCCAGAGGUCAGGGGAAAGGCUGGUUUCUUUUCACCAGCAGGGACUACAGCCCAGGGACUACAUCCAUGGGAGGGAGCUCUUCCACCUCAUAUUCUGAAACUGUUGUACUGGAGACUGGCCGAGAACUUCCGGUAAACAUCCUUUCUGCCUGCAACACACAAUCACCCACAAGCACAGGAAGAGGCUGGAAUUUGGAAAGAAAGAGGCCCUGUCCUGUAGAAAGGCCAUAUGCUGGUGGCUGCCACUUGACUCUGGUGGGCUUCUCAUCUUUUUUGCUAGGCUUCUAGACUUUUUACCUAGAGCAACGUGGGUUCUGGAGGACCAGGUGUCUCAGGCAGGAGAGUGGGAAGAGUUGGCCUUGUCCAUGCGGUAGCCACUGCUCACCCUGCAACACCCCUUAUCCUGGCAGCAGUUUGGGCUGUGAAGAGAAGGUAGCACAGUUCUAGAGUGGAGAUGCUGAGGGAGACAGCUUCUUGAGCUGGGCCAUCUGGCUUCUACCUCCCGUGUUGCCUGGCCCAGCUCAUUAGCUCUUGAUUGCAGCCUCCUGAGCCACAGCUGGAGGCCCUGGACAACCCAGCACCCUCCACCUUGGUUUCUGGAGCUCCAGGGACUCUUUAUUUAGCACUAGAUCCCUCUCCUCUUAAGUGUGUGUGAGUUUGCACCAUAUUUAACAAAUCGGAAUGGGUUUGGGGUAUUGAUGCAAGUGUGGUGGUUGUAUCUUUUGGGGAGGCAGGGGUGGAAAUGUGAUCCAAGAGAGUGGUUACUGUUAAUACUAUCUUGUUAUAUCUACCGGGUGAUGUAUGAAAUAUUGUACAUAGACCUGAUGAGUUGUGGGAUCAGAUGUUAUCUCUGGCCAGAGUUUACUUUCUCUGUAUACUGUACAUAUGUGUGGAGUUUGCAAGUUUGCUGUCAGUUUGAUCCCUGGACUCAGUAGCAGCAACAUUCAUCAUCGUGUGGCUGAUGGUACCUCAGAUGCCCUCAGCAAGCAUGGGAGUGGUGGACCUGAGCUGGGCCACUGAGCAGACUAAAUAAAUUAAGCAGUUAACAUAACUGGCAAUACAAACAGUAAAAA